AUGAACGGGACUCGCCCCAACCGCCGUAAGCACCAGUACCGUGGUGGUCAGGGAAGCAGGAAGUUCACCGAGGCCGAAGAGACUGAGCUUAUAUCCCCGGACUACUCCAUUUCUACCAACGGAUACCGCGACUUGUCUCGAAUCCUCUCAUUCAAGGAGACUGGUGUCCCUUACACCAAGAACUACGUCGAGAACAAGAAGGAGUUUGAUGAUCUUCGGAAGGCCCGAUUCGAGAACAAGGUGCCCGUGUGGCCGCGCAACAAGAAUGGCAACCGUUUGAAGUGGGCCGACCUCCAGGUGGAGGAGCGCCCUUCCGGCGAUGCGAAGGAUGCCGCUGAGGCGGAGAGAUUGAACAUGUUCUAUCCUCACCAGAACUACGCUGGAGGACUGUUUUGUUCGGCCCCGUUUUCCAAGGGCGAGAAGAAAUUCCGCUUUGAGUCCGCUGCCUCUGAUCCCAACAAGAACUUGCCGGUUGCCCGGGCUCUGACCGUUGGCGAGGUCCGCUUCAAGAUCAUGCAUUACCUGUCUUACCAUGACAUUGGCGCUCUCCAGGGAACCUGUACCUUGGUAGCAAACCAGAUCAUGGGUACUCCUGCACUCUGGGAUAUGUCUAAUGGCAGGUGCAACUACAGUGAGUUCACUGAGGACGAGUUCAAACUCCUGAAGGAGUCAGGCGAUGCCGCGGCGGGUGACAAACAGGGCAACCAUCCGUUCAUCAUGAUCAGCCCGACGCACAUGGAGUAUAGCAAGACGAUGUACCUUCGGCUCUCUGCCUGGAACGUGGCCCAAGUCCGAGGCGUCCUGUGUGCCGGUAGAAGCCUUCAGCUCAGGGGCCACACCGUCAAGCGGGUGUGUUUCAACCGAGUGGGCUUCUUCGACGUCGGAGUCUUCGCCACCUAUCUCGACAUGAUGCCCAACCUGGAGCGAGCCGACAUCACGAGCUGCGACCAGAUCCGCUACCACCACGUUCCUGCCCUACUUGACAUCGUCCAGGCCCACAACGCACGACACGGUGGUAAACUGCUGUUCGAUAUCGCCCCUCGGUACAAUACUGGCGCCUUGUGGGAGAAUGCCGACGUAGGUCAUGACCGGCAGGGUGCCUACGGUUUGACUUACAGCAACCCGGGUGUCAGAAUCCCGACGGCUGUGUGCAAGCUCUACAUUUACGAUAUUGCUCCGCGCCUGAAGAGAACCGGCCAGAUGCACAUGAUGGAGCACAACGCUCUGUUCCGACGCUUCCUCGAGAAACUCCCCCUUCACAGCAAGACUGUGCCUCGCAUGGAGGCUGUUGCCGAGCACAAGGACUACCUCAAGCGACUCUUCGCGAAGGGAAAGAUCAGCGAGAACCAGAAGGCCAAGCUGCAGAUCCGCUGCACCUUUGCCGAGCUGGUCACCAUCUUCGGAAAGGAAGGCUGGAUCCAGCUGUACGAGGACGGAGCAGUGUCGACCAGCCAGCAGGGAACUCCGGCCAGCUACGGCGUCUGGGGCGACACCGCCGAGUGCAACGAGUGCCGCACGAACCUGCCCCUGAUGUACUGCAGCACCGGAUACGUCUGCGACAGCUGCCAGAUGAUCGCCGCCGUGGAGCGCGAGGACUACCACCACAGGCAGCUGAAGAUAGAGGGCACCGAGUACUUCGGGUGCGGCCGCCCCGGGCAGCCCAUGGUGCCCCUGGACCAGACCAACAUCGACUUCAGCAUCCUCCGCAACGAGGACGGCACCCCGCGCAUCAAGAGGUUCGACCAGUUCGAGCGGAUCCUCGCGGACGAGAUGCCCCAGCUCCACCGGCUGUUCAACCACGCCCACCACAUGGAUCUCAACCGCAAGGCUGGCCUGUGCGUCCGCGACCUGCUCGCCCAGAAGAAGCACCCGUACGACCGGGGCUCGAGGUCUGAUGACACCCAGAUCGAUGCCCUGCGCAUCGCAUACUACCGCAAGGCUCUCCCCCUUGAGGAGAUCCAGAAGCUACCCAAGGGCAGGGUCUACAAUCUUGUCGGCCAGUUCUGA